CUUUGUGAAAUGCCAGCGAAGCUAUAUAUACCCACACAAAAACACACCACACGUCACAACAAGUUCCAUCAACGAUUCCACCGCAACAAAUCACAACACAAUUCACCUUCACCAUGGGUGAAAUCACCACCACCGCAGCGGAAUCGUUACUGGACCGAAGAAGCAAGUUCAACCGCAGCGUUUCGCACGUGAACGACGAGUUCCACACUUUCCGAUCGUACCUACGGUGGAUGUGCGUUGACCAGUCAAACCCCUUCACGGCCGCACUCUCUUGGUCCGUCUUCCUCCUCUUCGCCAUCGCCGUCCCCGCCGCGUCACACUUCCUCCUGGCAUGUGACUCAUGCGACGCACGCCACUCGCGUCCAUACGACGCCGUCGUUCAGGUUUCUCUGAGUUCCGUGGCUGCGUUGUCGUUUUUGUGCCUCGCAAGCUUCGUUAGGAAGUAUGGUCUCCGAAGGUUUCUCUUCUUCGACAAGCUUUGCGAUGAGAGCGAGACCGUUAGAAUGAACUACAUGGCACAGCUCAAUAGGUCAGUGAAGAUCUUGUCAGUGUUUGUGGGGCCAUGCUUCGUGGCUGAGGUUGCAUACAAGAUAUGGUGGUACGCAUCUGGAGCCUCACAAAUUCCCUUCUUGGGUAACGUGUACGUGAGCGAUGCGGUAGCGUGCAUAUUGGAACUGUGGUCAUGGCUGUACCGAACCACAGUGAUCUUCCUAGUGUGCGUUCUGUUCCGUCUGAACUGUCAUCUCCAGAUCCUACGGUUGCGCGACUUCGCCAGAUUCUUCCACGUGGACUCUGACGUGGCAUCGGUGAUGUCGGAACACCUUAGGAUCAGGAGGCACUUGCGAAUCAUAAGCCACAGGUUUCGCGCGUUCAUACUACUCGCCCUCUUAUUGGUCACUGGAAGUCAGUUUGCGUGCCUCCUUGUCACAACUAAGCCUACACAUGAUGUUAACAUCUACAAAACCGGCGAGCUUGCGUUGUGUUCAGUCACUCUCCUUUCUGCGCUUUGCAUAUUGUUACGUAGUGCCACAAAGAUAACACACAAAGCACAAGCCAUCACAGGGCUUGCUGCCAAGUGGCAUGUUUGUGCUACGUUGGAUUCUUUUGAUGGAGCAACAGAAGGUGACACACCAAUGGUGAUUCAGAAUUCCCAUGAAAGAAGUUUUCCUAAUGUGGGAACAGAUGGGGAAUCAGAAACUGAUGAAGCAGGUGAUGAAGAAGAUGAGAUUGAUACCACUAAGUUUAUCCCAUCCUAUGCUUACAGCACCAUCUCAUAUCAGAAGAGACAAGCUCUUGUAAAUUACUUCGAGAACAACAGGGCAGGGAUUACAGUAUUUGGGUUCAUGUUGGAUAGGAGUUCGCUCCACACGAUAUUCGGUAUUGAACUGUCGCUAGUUCUUUGGCUGCUUGGGAAAACCAUAGGCAUUUCUUGA